AUGCGGCCACCACCGCCACUGCUGCUCCUGCCGCUGCUGCUGCUCGGCGGUUGUGCGGAGCCCCUGCCAGUAAAACAGGUUGGUAUCCUCAAAAAGGCCAAACAGAUAGGCCUCCCUUACAGCGCCAAAAGCUGCACUCUGGAAGCGCAGAUCUAUUUUGAAGUCCUGAACAAUUUCUCGCACCAGACACUGGAUGAGAAGUUUAUGAAUCAGAAGUUCAGUGCACUCCUGAUAACGUCUAAUUUUACCAAGCGCCUCAGUACCAGGCAGGUAACGGUGAAGUUCCUUCACCCCUCCAGUAGAAGGAGCACUCCUACUGGUGACUUUUGCAGCCAGUUGUAUCCUGUGCGCUUUCCCACCGGUUGGUUUGCUGGCAGUCUGCUUUGUAAGAGCCGUGGUCUAGCAACCGCCUCACUUACCCAUCUUCUUCAACUGGAGCUCAACCAGCUAGAGGCAGAACUGGCCUUAAAGAGUGAUGACAACGUAGCAGCGGUUGCAAACACCCUUUCUUAUCUUCCUCAUGCCUUUCUUUCCCAGCUGCCUGCUCCUCAAAACCCGAAGAUUCACCUGUACAACGCGGAGCAGGUUCUAACUUGGGAGCCGGUGUCCCUGAGCAAUGACUCGAGACCGGUGGCCUACCGGGUGCAGUAUAAAUACACCGAUAAUAAGUGGGAAGAAGUGUCAGAGGUGAAUUGUACAAUGCUCACAGUGUGCAACUUCACGGCAGCCAACCCUUCCCAGGGUUUUCCACGGCAUUUCAAUGUCUCCUUGCGUGUUCGAGCUGAGUUGGGAGAACUCGUUUCCGCCUGGGCAACCGUGCCUUGGUUUCAACACUACCGGAAUGUUACCAUCGGGCCGCCAGAAAUCAAGGUGACACCAGGAGAAGGCUCACUUAUCAUCUGGGUCUCCGCUCCCUUUAACGUUGAUGUCUCCAUGGUCACUUUUCAGUAUUUUGUCUUUUACUGGGAAGAGGGCGGAACCCAAAAGAGGAAAGGCCCUGUUGAGAACAAUUUCAUUGUGUUGGAUGACUUACAACCCUUCAGUGUAUACUGUUUACAAGUCAAGGCAGAACUGGUGUGGAAAUUACAACACAUCUUUCAACCUGGUUGUUUAAGCAACACAUCUUGCUACAAGACAACAGCAGAUGCUACUACUAAAUUUCAACAAAACUUCCUGAUCGUUGUGGGAAUCUUUCUGCUGGCGGUAGUGCUGAUGGGAGUCUAUAUCGUCAUGGUGAAAUACAGAGGACUGGUUAAAUACUGGUUUCACUCUCCACCCCAGAUCCCAUUACAAAUAGAAGAGUAUUUAAAGAAUCCAGCACAUCCUGUUUUGGAGGCCCUGGACAAGGACAAUUCAUUGAAGGAAAAUGCCUGGGACACUAUAUCCAUCAUUUUGUUUCCAGAAAAGGAGCAAGAAGAUGCUCCUGAAAACACUUUGAACCAAAGCAUUGGCCCAGCUUCGACUUGA